UCAAAACCGAAGCCAUGGCAACAAUGCUCAUACUAUUCGGCUUACUUAUAAGUCUUCUCGUAUCCAUAGAUGCGCAGGUCGGCGUGUGUUAUGGCAGAGACGGUGACGGUUUGCCGUCACAACAAGACGUCGUGAACCUCUACCGGCGCAACGGCAUAACCAGAAUGCGAAUUUAUGAUCCCGAUCAAGCUACUCUUCGAGCCCUAAAAGGAACCAAUAUCGAACUCAUCAUCGGCGUUCCUAAUGAUGCUCUGCAAUCCCUCAACGAUCAAGGUGCUGCAAAUACAUGGGUCAGAAACAACAUCCAAAAUUACCCCGAUGUCAGGUUCAAAUACAUCGCCGUCGGAAAUGAAGUCGAUCCAAAUAACGGGAAUAGUCGAUACGUUAAUUUCGUACUUCCGGCGAUGCGAAAUGUUCAGAACGCCAUUACCGCCGCCGGCCUGCGGAACCAGAUCAAGGUGUCGACGGCAACCUACACUGGUCUGUUAGGCGUCUCCUAUCCACCAAGCAAUGGCGCCUUUCGUAACAAUGUACGGGGGUUUAUCGAGCCGAUAAUCAGAUUUCUAGCCGGAAACAACUCUCCAAUGCUUGCCAACAUAUACCCCUACUUUUCCAACCCUAAUUCCAAUCUCCCGUAUGCGUUGUUUACGGCGCCGGGAACAGUUGUGACAGAUCCUAAUAAUGGUCUACGAUACUCUAACAUUUUUGACGCCAUGUUAGAUGCUCACUAUGCAGCUCAAGCAAGUCUUGGUGGGGGGAAUGUGCAGAUUGUUGUGUCGGAGAGUGGUUGGCCGUCGGCAGGCGGCAAUGCAGCGACAGUAGGGAACGCUGGAACUUACUAUAGGAACUUGAUUAGACAUGUCAGAGGGACAACGGGGACACCGGCGAAGCCUGGAAGGUCUAUAGAGACGUAUUUGUUUGCAAUGUUCGAUGAAAACAAGAAACCUGGUGAAGAGUCGGAGAAACAUUUUGGAAUUUUCUCCCCUGAUCAACGACCUAAAUAUCAACUGAGCUUCAAUUAAGGAAAAGUAAAAAACACCAUUUCUGAAGCUAUGAAGAAUAU